CCUCAUCGCCGCUCCCCCAAAGAGCGACCUUCGCGUCAAAGAAACGGUAAGAUGAGUUUCAUCGUUCCCAAAUCAUUUCGACGUUGCUGUGGGGAGAGGAGGGAUCCCUGAGGCCGCACGAUAACCGGGCAAUGGGUUCAUUUUUGGUCUACCUUUCGGUCGACCCUGUGCGCGUCUUACCGGACCCAGCGCUCUUUUUCUUCCAUUCCAAAUGGGUCGGUUUGAAAGAGAGUAUUCUGCACCCAGUCGGAGGCUGGACUGGCGGCGAUUGCUGAAUCUUCGCUGGUCCCUACACCGAUCCGGUUUCUGACUUCGGUCGGCGUAAGCAGGAGCUGGCAACCUUAUCCCUUUACGAUUCUAACGCGUCCCUAGACGAAUCGUCUAGCGGGUCAAUGAUUUGACAUUUUUCCGUGCAAAAGAGGCAGCAACUUCUAUAGUAGUCAAAUGGGGUGCAUGAACAUACUUUUCGGAUGUAUGCUGAUCAUCUUUUUUUGUUUCUUUCUCGGACUGUUCAUACUGCCCGUCUACGUCCAAUUUGGCGUUCGUUUUCGGCGAGUCUUGCACACAUUUUCCCGAACUUCCUCAGCCAAAGCGGCCUCAUCGUCUGCUGUCUGACCUGGCUCUCGCUUCCUGCCCCGGCACACCUGGCUCGCGCAUCCGCUCUCCGUCGCGUCAAGCAACGAAACAGUAAGGUGAGUUUUCAUGGUUUCCAAAUCAUUCGACGUUGCUGUGGGGAGAGGAGGGAUCCCUCAAGCCGCACGAUAACCGUGCAAUGGGUUCAACUUUAGGUCUACCUUUCGGUAGACCCUGUGCGCGCUUGACCGCGACCCAGCCGCUCUUUUUCUUCCAUUCCAAAUGGGUUGGUUGGAAAGAGAGUGUUCUGCACCAGUUCGGAGGCUGGACUGGCGGUGAUUGCUGAAUCUUCGCUGGUCCCUACACCGAUCCGGUUUCUGACUUCGGUCGGCGCUAAGCAGGAGCAGGCAGCCUUAUCCCUUUACGAUUCUAACGCGCCGUGGCCGAAUAGUCCAUGUGAAUACGUGCAAAAGAGGCAGCACUUAGUAGUGUCAAUUGGGGUGCAUCCACAUCAACUCUAUGUUUGGACGUACACUUACCACCUUCUUUUCCUUUCUUUCGUUGGUUCAUGCUGCCCGGGCACGAUAUAUCCACCAGCAAGAAUGACCGGGGCAUUGGCCAUUAGAAGACCACAAGCGAUGUUUCUCGAGCAGAGUAUCAACGCUGCCACGAAUCAGUUCGGUCAGGACAGCGGAUGGGGGCGAUAUCCGUGCCUACUCAAGAGGCGCAGAGAUAGCAGUUGACGGAAUUGCGGUUGGCACAUAUAUACUUUGGAGCAUGUCAGGAAAUUGAACAAGGAAGGGGCAUACACAUACUUGGGAGCAUGUCAACGCAGCAUUUCCUAUAGAAACAUGAAUAAAUGUGACCGCAAUGAUCAGAUCAGA